ACGUUAACAUGGCAACCGUGCAUGCGCGACAUCUGCACGUAAUUUAAAUUUGAACUGUAAUUGUUAUAAAUUAAAUUGUGAUGUAACUUAUAUGUUGUUGAUUUAGUUUAACUGCAAGUGCAAUUAACCCAUAUUCAGAGUAAGGACCUGUGACACUUUUCUAUUUUUCAACUUGAAAACGUCGACGCUUUUUCAAAAUUGACAGUGUGGCACAGGUGGCCAAUUUUGAUUGUUGUUUUCCGUACAAAUGAAUGAAACAAAGCGGUACGAAGCAAUUAAAAAUCGUGUGUUUGAGCACUUGAACGUAGACAAACAAACAUGCAGUCGUGUAAAUCGGCAAUGGAACGUACCUAAACUAAAGUAAGUUCGGUCCGGUUGUUUGAGAGUUCAACAGUUUCAGACGUCAAUGUUUCUACGGUAGCUCUUUUGGGUACGCUAUACCGUUAGGCGAUUAUUAAAUGCGUAAAAAAAUUGCCAGUGAGAUACAUACGAAGUUACCGUUUAAAAGAAAGUGCAAUUCGCCGGUUUUGUGAUUGAAAUUUAAAAGCGCAUCAGUGAAAAAUGGUUAAAAGAAAGGCUGCCGUAAAAAUGCCAACUGAAGACGCGUGUUCCAGCGCGAUCCUUUAAUCUCGCGUGUUAAUUAAGUAAAGUGAUUUAUAAACUGUUAGAAAAAUGGCAUCAGAAGAAAGUGUUAAGCAGACAAAUAAAAACGGCACGGAUUCGCCUAAAAUUAACGAGCCGGCCGAGGACGAUCCGUGCAUAGAGAUCAAAAGCAGUUUGGAUAAACCGCGAUUUUUGGUAAAAACUGAAAAUCAGUUGCGCGAAAAGACCGGGCUUUCGCGUCUUGGAUUAUACAUCGCCAUUGUUCUACUAAUCGUUUUAAUAAUAUUAGUGAUAAUAGUACUCUCGCUGGCCAUCGCGUGGCCCAAUAUACCGCAUAGUGCCCAGUUUUCAAUUUGUCAGGAUCCUGCGUGUCUUCGAGCCGCUGCACAGGUACAGGAGAGUUGGAAUUCUUCCGUGUCGCCGUGCGAGGAUGUUUGGGGUUGGGCGUGCGGCAGGUGGCUCCAAAAUAACCCCUUGCCUAUCGACCGUAGCUUCUGGAGUGAGCGUCAAAAGAGACAACGGGAUGAGUCUGUUCGAAUUCAUAACUUAAUAUCGACGUUGGAGCUUCCCUUGCACUCGCAGACUGUGGAAUGGAAGAUGAAAUACCUUUACGAGGGCUGUCUGGAUAUGGACAACAUCAACGUUGAGAAGGCUCUACCUCUCAAGCGCAUCAUAUCUGAGUUAGGUAAGUGGAUUUUUAUGGCUUUUUGUCAAGUGCCCUAUUUAUGGGGUACGCUACGCACUAAUGCGUUCGUUUAUAACUUUUAAAUAGGGACCUUUUAU